CAGACCUCCUCAAAAGCGAAACAGCCACGAAAGCAACGCAUUGCCGGGAGGCAGGCCUGAAGGUGCUGCGAAGCAUUGGACUGAUUUGUGGGCAAUGGAGAGCAACGCAUCUAUCACGGCCUCGUCGCUGCUGGAGCCGCCGCAGCGGCCUGGGGAGACCACUGACAGGCACGUCAUCCGGCGCAACAUCCAGGGCCUGCUGCGGGCCAUCCAGCACGAGUAUGUGGCGCCCUCCAUCUACGUCGCCACUGGAGCUGUGCUCACUGCAUGGGGCGCCCGGUGCCUUUUGCGGAUGAAUCGGUUCCUCUCUAUGCGGUAUGCGGACAUCCCCUACCAGAUCAGGCGGCCCGACAGCCUGGCGAACCGUGUGGCCGCCUUCAAGUGUCUGGUGCUGGGGGGAUCUGUCGUGCCCAUCUUCACCCUUGGCUUCGUCUAUGUCAUGAGGUAUACACACACACGGACUGGGACAGCAGACACACAGUCGGAGCUUGCAAAGGAAUGUUGGUCUCUCUCUCUCUCCAUGUGUGUGUGUUAGAGUGCGUCCAGGUCCCGAUGAGGCCGUGUUGAUGCAGCCCGACUGGCAGUACCAGCUGUCCCGCGCAGGCAAGGUGGCCAAGUAUAAUGUGGGCGAGUGGCUCAAGCGGCUGGGCCUCACCACAGAGAGUGAGAACAUGCGGUCGUGGGUGGCGAUGGCCAAGAAGAUGACCAUGCACGAGUAUUACCGCACCAUGGGGCUCGACAAGGAGCUGCUGGCUCAGGCGAGGGAGAGGGACAAGAAGCGACUGGAGGGGAUGGGCCAGCCCAUGAUUGAGAGCGGGGAAGACCUUGUCCGAUAGCCAGACAGAUUGUGAGACAGCCAGAAUCACGGCAUAAGUGGUGUGUGGACGCAUGUGUCGGUGAUAUGUUGAGGGGCUGAUAUGUCGG